AUGGAUAGCAUACACCAGACAUUACACCAAACAUUGCAAACAUCAAUUGAAGAUCUUCCUGAUGAAGUAUUGGAAUUUAUUCUCGGAUUUCUACCACCUUAUAAAGAUUUACAAAAUUGUAUGAGCGUUUGUAAAAGAUGGUGUAACUGCGCAGAGAAUGUACUGCAUAAAACAUCCAUUAAAUUGGUAAAAGCUAUUGGAGAAUUCAAUAUUUUGUGGAAAAACAUUGUUUCAAAUGAUAUAGUACCAAGUAUUACAAAGAGAUUCUCUCAUGCAGCAUGUAUCCUGGAGAACAAUAUGUAUAUAUUUGGUGGAUGCACAACAAAUGCUACAUCAUUCAAUGAUUUAUGGAAAUUUGACUUGUCUAAAAGGCAGUGGUUCAGGCCCCUCGCUACUGGUACAUAUCCAGUACCUAAAGCCUAUACAACUAUGGUUGAUUAUAAAGAUUGCCUAAUAGUAUUUGGAGGAUGGACUUAUCCCUCUCUUUCGCAAUAUUACCAGAAUGUUACAAUGUUUAACGACAUCCAUUUUUAUUGUGUGAAUACUAAUAAAUGGAUUUUAAUUAAUACAAACAACCCACCUCCUCCAGUUGCUGGGCAUUCUGCAUGUAUCCAUGGUGAUGAAAUGGUAGUUUUUGGUGGCCUGGUUAUGUCAGCAACACAGAAUUUUCAGAUACAGUGUUCAAAUGAUGUAUGGGUUUUAGAUUUAUCAACUUUCAGUUGGAGAAAACAACCUACUACAAGGCCUAGACCAUCUCCACGAUAUGCCCAGUCACUUAUUCAGUUAGAUUCUGAUCAAUUAUUAUUAUUAGGUGGUGUGCAAACUUUGCAGAAUAGAUUUGUAUAUAGUGAUUGUUGGGUACUUACUAUGAAAGGACCAAUUUGGACUUGGAAGGAAAUAGCAGUUAGAAAUAAAGAGUGGGCAUCAGCUAAUAUAUGGUGUAAUCCUGCUUGUAAAGUAGGAGACAAAGUUGUCAGUUUGAGUAGGAGCAGAAAUGGCUGGACUAGUGCAAAACCAUUAGUUACAUCAGCUGUUCGAUUAUCUAACUUUGGUAGAGCAGAAGGAGCUCCAGUUUCAGUGAGAGUGGAGCAAAGUUUGCAGAGACCAUUAGAUAGAGACCAAAAUAUAAAUGGAAGGCGUGGAAUAUUACCGAGACAAAGAGUUCCCUUAAAUGAACCAAUUGCUGGACCUAGUAAUGAAAAUGAUCAAGCGAGGAUACCUAGAGCCGUCAAUGAAAAUUUAAAUCAUGAUUACAAUAUGGCAGCAUGUAGUGGGGAAGCUAGACAAAUAAAUAAUGGUCUUGACAUAUCUAAAAAAGAAACAGCUUACAGAAGAAAUAAAAAUAAGAAUAAAGGUAUGAAGAUUGUUAGACAACUUCAAGAAGCUAAUAAAUAUAGGAUGGCCGCAUUUGCCUGUGAUUCUAUAGGUAAUGCUCCACCACAAAAUGAUCUCAUUAACCAAAGGCAAAUUGCUCAUUUAGAAAAUAGAUUAGAUCCCCCAGCAGACAAUCAAGAACAGAGACAAUCUAAUGUCAAGAAGAUUAAAAGGAAUACACUGUCAAUGCAUGUCUUAGAUAUAUCAACGAUUGUGGAUGGAAACUCAAUGAACUAUGUGUCAUGGUUGUGCCCCCGUCUUGGUGAAAUGCGGGGUGCUCCGGAAGAAUUGGUCAUGUACUCUCUAGUAAAAGGAAAUGGCGAACUUAUAAUGUUUGGAGGUGUACACAACGAUAUUAGUAUUUUGAAUUAUAGUGAGCAACAAAAUAUGUAUUCUAAUUCAUUACAUUUCAUCACACCACCCAGGGACAUUAUUUAA